CAGGAGCAGCAGGAGCAGCAGAGACUUCUCACAGCAUCUGGACAGAAACGGGUCGUUCACAGACAGAUGUUGAACUAAAUGAAACUGAACUCCACCCAAUGGCGUGCUACUACAUCGUGAUCAGUUCCACCCACCUGCGUGACGGACAGCUGAGGAGCAUCAAGGGGGUCUUCAGGGGGCCAAUAGGAGCCAGCGGACAAAGAAACACAGAAGAAGGAGACUCCAGGUUUUACUGCAAGCUGUGUGACAAGAAGUAUGUGAGACACCAGCAGUACGAGAACCACAUUAACUCCUACGACCAUCACCACAAGCAGCGCCUGAAGGAGCUGAAGCAGAGGGAGUUUUACCGAGCGCUGGCCUGCAGGAGGCAGAGGAGGAGAAGAGAGGAGAGACGAGAGGACAGAGCUCAGAGGAGACUCCUUCAGCAUGACAGGAGGAGGACUGGACAGUGUGCUUCAGGUUCUGGUCCCAUGUUCCGGUCCACCACCGUGGCAAUCGACACAGCAAAUCAGUCUGGGCCAGACUCGGAGCGGAACUGGGCUGAUUUCCACGCAAGUGGCGCCACACAGGGAACAAAGCCUCAGAACCAGUCGAUCCAACCCUUCCUCCCCUUGGAUCCCACACUGGAAACCAGACUUCUGAGCAACACACAGUGGCCAUUUGAUGGAACUGAUGCCAACAUCUCCCCAGGAGCUGCUGGUGAAUCCUGUUUCCUGAAGAAGACCCACGUGGACCUCACAACAAACCACACAAUGAACACGGGAAACAAAAACUGGACCAACACCAGCCUAUUUCACAAGCGUCCUUGGGCACUGAAUUAUGUAAACCCCAGAUCUUCCAGUGAUAUCCCAACAUGUGACACUGACAAACCUCAUGGGUCAUAUUUCAACAGGACAGUAGCAAUCAACGGCUGCAAGGACCCCACCACCACAACAACCACCGGCAGAGCAAUCGGCACAACUUCAGACAUCCCGUCGGGCCCCAGCAGAGUCCGACCCGUGUCCUUCUCACUGCCCAAACGAAGCUGUGUCCUUCUGCACCAAUCAGCCGCCGUCUUUAUUCAAACUGGACGAGGGAAACAAGACGGUGUGACGGCGCAGGACAGGAUGAAAACCCCCCAGCAGCAGCUCAAGUCUCCAUCGUCUGCAGAUGUAGAUGCUGUAUGUGUCGAUCACUGCCUCACUGUCAACCCCUGCUGCAGGAAAACUGAGUCUGCUGAGAGAGGCCCAUCAGCACGGCCUGGGACUGGAGCUCAGGCUUCUUCCUGUAACUCCACACUAACUGUACCUGAGAGCACUGGUGGGAGUGGAGCCCAGCGCUCUUUAUGCAAUGAAAAUGGGACCACAGCCCAAGUCGGCAGUGGCUGUCAGAAUGGAACAGAUCCUAAUUUAAACAGUGAAAUACCAGAACAGAUUUCAGAUUCAAUACAAAACGCCUCUGAGGGUGAAAUUCACCAGCAGGAGUUAUAUUUGCCCCAAGAAGAGAAAGAUCUGUUUGGUCCUGAAACAAACGAGCCUAAAAGUUCUGUGUCUGCUGUUUUAAUGGAGAACAAGGAGUCUCCAGCUCUGCCACCGCCAAAACAAUCAGCCUCCUUCAUGUCAAACUCUACAACUUCUACUUCCACUCCCCCAAACCGACCCAAAGAGCCUUUCUGUCCAGUCACGAGCCGUGACGGGAGAAGGGUUCUUCUCUGGCCCACGGAGAUGGUCAGCUACACCCAGACUUCCCCCUCCGUAUCCUACAGCGUCAAUCCUCUGCUGUACGACUUCAGAGCUCAUAACAAGGCCAAAGAAGGCAGCGCAGAAAAGAAGGAAGGGAGGGAGAGAAUAAAGCCAUCUGUGAUCAAACAACCCGACUGCCAGCAGAGGCACCCAGAUACAGGAGGAGGAAGUGAGGUGAAGAUAGAUGAAAGAGGAGAGGAGGCUGAAGGAGGACAGGGAGGAAAUCCUGUGGAAGUCGCCGACCGUUGUGACGGCAGCGACAAAAUUCUGGGUUGCUCCGGCUGCCGUGAUGAAAGCGCUUUAAAAUCAGUUCCCGCUCCUGCCGAGUGCAACCCUGCACCGGCACCGAGCCUGCUGAAAACAGCAGGGAGACGGAGGAGAAGGAGGGGAGGAGUGAGGAGAGGAAUGAGAAGGAAAGGUCGAAGGAAAAGAAGAGGAAAGACGGAGGGGAAAGAAUCUGAGAGGGGAAGAAGGAUAAGUCCUCAUUUUGUAAAUCAGAUGUUUGAAGAGAGAGGCGAGGAGAAGCUGAAAAGAGAGGGCAACGUAAAGGAGGAGAAGAAAGAUAAAGAGCUAUUAAGUAAUCUUCUUGCAAAUCGGUUAGCAGGAGGGAAAGAAAAGAAGAUGAGGGGAGAGGAGCGAAGGAUAAGAAGAGAUCAGUCAGAGCGAGAGAGGCCAGGCAGAAAUGACGAGAAGAGGGGAGAGCUAUUAAGUAAUCUUCCUGUGAAUGGGUGUAAUCGCUGUAACCAGCUGUGUGUGCAGGUGAACAGGGAGGCCAGCCAGCAUCAAUCCCAGCAAUCAGACUCUGAAUGGGGCCAGGGGCUCAGAAAGCCCCUCUGCAUGGGGGCGCCAUGCAACUCGGUGAUUAGCCCCGUCCCAGAGUCUGUUAUGGAGACGCCGUGCUGUCCUGCAAUUACACCUGACCCUGCUGGGGAUGACAAAGGGACGGGAGCGAUGCAGGGGAAUAUACAGGCAGGGAAGGAGGAAGGGCAGAGAAAUCUGAGGAGCAGCGAGAUAAGAGCCGCUCAGGAUGCUGAGGUAAACACGUGUAAGCCUGCGAUUAGCGGCGGUCGACACGCAGCGAGCGGCGGAGGAAUUUGUCUCGUUCUUAACGCUCACAGGGACGCAGCAGCCUUUCCCCGCGUCCCCGCUUCCUCCGGAGAAACAGUGUGCAGUCAGAGACAAACAACGCCUGCAGGACAGAGCGGUGCUGUGGCGGCUCAGAGCCCACGCUGCCACACACAACACACACACAAACUGACUAUUAGAUCGGCUUGCACGGACGUGACCCUCCGCUCGCUUCCAGAGACCCUGCAGAGAGCGAGCACCAAGAGGAAGGGAGGCUCUCCAGAGCCGGCCACGCCACGGAAGAGACGGAGGAGACAGACGGAGAGGGUUUUGACUCAGAAAGAGGACAGAAGUGAGGCCGGGUUUGAACCUGAGCUCAGUGUGAGCGAGGACUGCAAGGAUGCAACAAGUUCAGGUGACAUCUCUUUAAUCGACGGGACAAAAAGCUCUGUGUGUGCGGAAACGUUUAGCUGUGACACGGCUGACAAACCUGAACGCUGCUGCUGCUGCUGCCAUGACAGCCGCGGCGGCGCUAACCACCGCCGUCAGUUUCACUUUGAUCCGUGUGGAGGAACGGUGAUGCCUCCCGCUGACUGUCACACCUGUAACACACACACUCAGAGCGCACGGCGAGACAAAACAACUGAUUCUGCCACUUCUCGUGACGAUUCGUGCAACAAACAUGAUGCAGAUCAUGAGAAGAGCUGUCAGUUCCAUGAGGCUGAUGGGAGAGGUUUAACAGAGACCCUCUGCACAGACCCCUCUGUUCGUAGCACUAACAGCCUUUAUCAGAGUCCAAACAAACACGAGUCUUCUCCCUGCAAACCUGACGACCCGUUUGAUCAGAAUAUAACCGUUUCACAGGGACAGGUCCAAACCGACCCCCCAUCUGAUCCAGGAAGUGAUGUCAUCAGCUGCAGGGCUGCUGAUGCUAACGGUGGUCAGUGUGGUGGUCUCACUGCUACUCCUCAUUCUGACCGCUGCAGUAAAGAUGCUAACAGCAGCAGAAACAUACUCAUGAGGGAGCACAGAGAGGAGCACAGAGAGGAGCACAGAGAGGAGCACAGAGAGGAGCACAGAGAGGAGCAAAGAGUCACGGAGAGGCAGAGACGGGAGGAGGAGGAGAAACGGCAGCUGGAGAGGAAGAGGGUGAAGGAGAAGCAGGAGGAGUGGGUGAGGAGGAAGGAGCUGGAGCAGCUGUUCUCAGAGAAGAGGCAGCGCUAUCCUCAUCACCUCCCCUCACACCCACCUCCUGCUCCUCUUCCUCCUCCUCCUCUUCCUCACUCUUUCUAUGCCUCCUCUCCAAUUCCGCUCCUGGAUGCUCCCAGUGCGUUUCCCUUAGCAGCAGCGUUUCCUCACCCUCCCCUGUACCCCCCUGCAAACCCAGCAGUCCUGCCCCUGCAGGUCCUGUUCUAA